CCACAUAUGGUUGUAUUUGUUGUUCAAAUCCCGCCAAGGUCGACUUAAUCUUUUAUUUUCCUGGAAGCGAUAAAAUGAAAUACCAGCGAAGUACCGAGAGACAGGAGGCUAAUUUAAUUCACUCUCACACUUCGCCCCUUGAUCUGUAACCUUGUACUUAUGUUCCAACACUAAAUAGUCAAAAUGCCAAUGAUUGAAGGCUUCGGAGAUGAGGUGACAUACGCCAUGAUGAUAAUGUUUGCUGUCAUCCUCAUAACGGCUUGUUGGUUAUCAACUCAGUUACGCUUCAUCCCUUUUGUUAAUGUGUUUGUCCUUGAGUCAAUGCAAGAUUUAAUUUUCACCAACGUCCAACCCAACCAUGCUGCAGUACAUGUCACUGCGGAACCACCACUUCAACCAAGUGAACCACUUGAAGAAGUUUCUCCAACACCUGUCUUGGUGCGGAGUGCUGAAACUACCAGUGUAGAGACGGCAAAGGAUGACACGACAGACAACUCUUCAGAAAGUAAUUUAUUGGAAGAUGCUGACAAAGAUUCAGAAAAUCUUGCUUCAAAUGAAGAUGGUGAAGAUCAAAGUGAAUCUGCAUCAGCUCAAGUUAAUGAGAAUCUGGUGAGCGGUGACCAGAAUUCUUUUGAGACUGUGGCGGAAGAAGGAGAAGAAGAAGAAAAGAAAGAGAAGCAAGUAAAAAUAAAACUGAUGUAUUUGAACAAUACUCAGCGCAUUGUUGAUGCAUAUUUAUCUGAUACAAUUGGAGGAUUUCGACAGUCACAUUUUAGAAAAGAACUUUCAGAUAACAAAAUGGUACGCUUCAUCUUCAACGGGAAAGCUCUUGGUAAUGAUACUUCCACAUUGAGUUCAUGUAACGUGAAGGGAAAUUCCAUUAUCCAUUGUUUGAUUACACCUUCCCUUGCUCGUCGAAAUGAGGAAUCGACAUCAAAUCAAGCCGGUGCUGCAUUUGUACCUCCCCCAAUAAAUGAGGGCAGGCAAGAGACAUUUAUAGAGAGGGUUGUUUAUCCAUUCCUUAUUAUUCUCUUUGCUAUUAUUUGGUAUCAACAAUUUGCAUUUGAAGACUCAUUCAUUUAUAGUAGCAUCAUGCCUCUUCUUGGUGUUGUUCUCUUCCUGCUCGCCAUGUCUUUGGCAUUUUUUCGUGCCAUUCGCUUCCGAGCAAUUCAACAGAUAUAAAGAAUUAAAAAAAAGAUAUACACACAUUUAAGUGAGUGUGUAUCGCACACACAUACAUACAUAUAUGUAAAUGUACUUGCAUACACACACAUAUACACGUAUAAAUGUAAUGGUUUAGAAUUUAAAAGUAUUUAUAUGUGUAUAUACCAAUUAUAUACUAAAAAUGUACAUAGAGAUGAAGAGAAGGAAAGAUUAGAAUAUAUAUGUGUUUGUAUUUAAGUGUGUUUAUGUGUGUCUGCAUAUUCAUAUGAGUUUAUAUAUGUAUGUGUGUCUAUGUUUACAUGCAUAUGUAUUUAUAUAUGUGUGUAUGUGUAUGUAUUUCUACAUAUGUAUGUAUGUGUAUUUCUGCAUAUGUAUCAAUGUUAUGUUAUUGGAGACAUACUUCUUUUGAACACUAAGUGCUCCUCAUCACUCGCAUAUAUAUACAAAGAGCUAUUAGAGACUUAGAGAUAUUUAGAAGAAUGUCUGCUCUUCUUUCAACUUGUUAAGUUGUGUCACUAAUUAGAUCUGUUGAAAUGUAAUUAGUCAUCACAUUGUUGACUUUGUACUGAUUUUCUUAUGUUCUUCCAGAAUCAGCAACAUUUGUCUGUGUGUGUGUGUGAGUGUAUAUGUAUGAACCUGUCACAUCCAUGGAUAUAUAUAUAUAUAUAUAUAUAUAUAUAUAUAUAUAUAUACAUACACACACACACACACACACACACACACACACACACACACACACACAUAUACAUAGAGAGAGAGAGGCACUAACAUUAUACUUUAUGUACUAAAUGCAUGCAUGGCUGUCUCACAUUGUAAUAUACCAUCAUGGCUUUGCUUAAUUGUCUGCAUUUCUAUGCAAGCAUCGUUGAAUUGGAAAUCAUUGAGACAGAUUCUCUAUGGCCAGAUGUCUUUCCUGUCACCAUCCCUCACCCAUAUUACCCAUGGCCAGAAUUAUUUUCAUGGAUGGUUAGAAAUGAACAACACUACUUGUAUAAUGGUGACACUUGUUUACAACUAUGAUGCACUGUCAAGACAAGGACACAUGCACAUGUACAACAAGUUUCUUUCAGUUUCUGUCU